AUGGCAUCGUCUCCACGCCCCAAACGCCAAACCCAUGGCUGGCGGUUCUGGGCCGUGUUUCCAGGUCUUUGCUUCUCCAUCUUUCUCGCAGGACUGGACACUUCCAUCGUAGCCACGGCCCUGCCUACCAUUGCUGCAGACCUCAAAUCUGGAGCCCUGUACGUUUGGGCUAUCAAUGGAUAUUUCCUUACAACGGCAGCGGUACAGCCGCUCUUUGGCCAAGCCUCAGACAUUUUCGGUCGCCGAAUGCCCAUGUUGCUGUCUAUCGCUCUCUUCACCCUGGGUAGCGGGCUCUGUGGUGGUGCCUCAAACACGCCCAUGUUGAUUGCUGCCCGGAUGAUUCAAGGUCUUGGAGGAGGCGGCUUGUUUGUUAUGGUCGACAUUAUCGUGGCUGAUCUCGUUCCACUCCGGGAAAGACAGCUCUACAUGUCGAUUGUUAUGGGAACAUUUGCCCUGGGGACCUUCAUCGGACCCAUCAUCGGCGGCGUUAUUGUCACAAAAAUAUCUUGGCGAUGGAUAUUCUACAUCAACCUGCCCAUUGGCGGUAUAGCCUUGACUUUGGUCUUGGCUUUCCUGCGAGUUCACUACAAACGUGAGGGCACACUGGCCACCCGCCUGAAUAAGGUAGACUUAUCAGGGAACCUGAUCUUGACCGGGGCCGUUGUCUCUGUCCUCAUCGCUCUGACAUGGGGUGGCACAUUGCACCCUUGGGACUCGUGGCAUGUGCUCGUUCCGCUGCUCGUAGGCGCCGCUGGCUUGGUCGCCUUUUUCGUCCAUCAAAAGGUCUAUGCUCCAGAACCGACUAUGCCGAUGCGUCUGUACAGUAAUAGCGCUUCGCUGCUGUCAUACAUUCUUACCUUCCUCCAUGGCAUCGAGAUGAGCUGGUUGAGUUUCUUCCUGCCAGUCUACUUUCAAGUUCUUCUUGAAGCCACCCCUCUUAGAUCCGGGGUUGACCUGCUCGCCAUUGUCAUUCCAUUGAUGCCGGCUGGUAUCGCUGGAGGACUGAUCAUUGCCAAGUAUGGUCGGUACAAACCGACUAUGGUAGCCGGCUAUGCGCUGCUAUCUAUCGGGGUCGGGUGCCUGACGCUCCUGGAUGCCGACUCAUCUACAGCGAAAUGGGUCGUCUUCCAGUUAAUUUGCGGUAUUGGAGGUGGGCUAGCCUUGACGGCGACGCUUCCUGCUGUACAGGCACCGCUGCCAGAGUCCGACGUGGCCAUCGCCACGGCAUGCUGGGCAUUCGUUCGCAGCUUUGGCUCUAUUUGGGGUGCAGCCAUUCCUGCAGCUAUCUUCAACUCACGCGUUGACUCGUUGCUUCACAAAGUUAGCAACCCGGCAGUUCGCGAACUCCUCAGGCGUGGCGGAGCGUACGAACACGCGACUGCCUCCUUCAUGAAGUCGUUUGACAAUGACCUCACGACGAAGCAGGAGCUCAUUGAGAUCUACACCGCGGGCGUCAAACAGUCUUGGCAGAUUCUAAUUGCCUUUACUGUCAUAGCGGUUCCUCUUGCCUGCUUGAUCAAAGAAGUGCCUCUCCGAAAGGAAUUAGUCACUGAGUUCGGGCUUGUGGAGGACGGCGAAAAGGAGAGUGUUCCUGUGGAUGACAGCACUGAACUUGGGGCUAGAGCGACAGGAGUUGACCAGAGCGUGGCAAGAUGA